GGUACACCUGCACACACGCGCGCACACACACACGCACAGGAAUGAGAUGCGGAGUGUUGCUAUGAAUAAGGUGGAUAUAUAUGAAGGACAGCACAGCGGAGACAAGUGGAAUGGAGGAGGGGGAGUCACACACGUUGGGACAAGAACAUGACUUAAAGAUGAGCUGCCCUCAGCCUGAGUUAGAGGAGGACUGUCCUCCACCAGAGGAAUUGGAGUGUAAAAUCUGUUACCAACGCUACAAUGCCCACAACCGCAAACCUAAGAUCCUGGACUGCCUGCACCGGGUCUGUGUCCGCUGCCUUGUUAAGAUCCUGGACAUUGCUGACGGUGCAGGCUGCAUCCCCUGCCCUUUUUGCCGACACCAAACGAAGAUCACAGACUUUCAGGUGUCAGCCCUCCCUGACGAUGCUAACAUCAUGUCCCACUUGGCAAUGCGGGACAAAUCCUGGAGCUCAAACCUAAACAGGGAGGUAGUCCUGACUCCAAAGAGUUUCUCCUCAUCCAGCCCAUCUCAUGAAUCCUCCAACUGUCUGGUCAUCACCAUUAUGGAAGUGCAGAGGAACUCACAACUCUCCCCAAGCCGCAGCGGCAGCUCUGACAUUUACGCCGAGCAGAGCCUGGACUCAUUAUCGAUGGGCUCCAAUGGGCCAGUUGAUCAGGACGCCCUGUCCAAAUUCUGUAACCAUGUCCCACGCAUCCUGGUCUGGCUGCUGGGAUUCUUAUACUUUGGCUCACUUCCUUUAGGAAUCUACUUGUUAGUGAUCCAGAGAGUGACUCUGGGAAUUGUAUGCGUUAGCAUGGUGCCAUCAAGCUUGACAGUUUGCCUGGUCUAUGGAUUCUGCCAGUGUCUGUGUCAGGGUAUGUGUGACUGUUCUACCAGGGGCUGAUAUGACGCUACUAAACUGGAUGAGGUCAGCUGCAGAAAACAUGUAUUUGGUCUGUUAAGUAGAUGGAUAUGAGGCUCAAAAGUGAAAGGUGAUGUCCUCUCCUGGCUGGCUGACUACUAGACAGUUAUCUUCACGCAAUGUGCCGGUCAGAAAACCUAAGGACGCCAUCUCCAGUGAUGGUCUAUGCUUUAAGGGUGACUAAUGAAACUAAGAAACCAGUUUGGCCAGAACCACUGACAAGCUCUGUUAGUGGGAGCAGCGCCUUUUAUCUACAUUUCUGUGCUGUAUUUCUGUGACCCGAUUUGUUCUGUGUUGUGUGUCAGCCCUAGUCUAGCAUAGGAUUUGAGAGUAGACCUUUGAUGUUUAACUUAUACAUUAAUAACACUGAUAAAGUCCUGGACCCUCAUUUAUCAACAAUGUAUACCAACAAUACAGCUGAUUCAGCUCUAAACGUGAAAACACAGAGCACCUUGUGGGGGAAAAGGAGCACUACACACCAAAAGGUACAGGUAUUCAUAUCAUGGGCCACAUAAGCAAACUUUUAAGAAGAACUCAUUUGUAUUUGUAUAGUCUACAUCAAAGGUCCGGUUGUAACCUUGGUUUUCUAAGGAUACAAUUAAAUCAAUUAACCAUUGCAGUAUUUACUGUAUCACUACAUGCUUCCCAAUAUUUUUUCUCUCUGUUAUAUCUACAGAUAAGUCAGAAUGGAAUAGAUGAUACUGGUCCUGCCAUCAGCACCUGAAAGUAUCAUCAAUAACUGAAUAUUUUAUGAAGGCAUUGGCUGAUAGUGUCUGAUAUCAGUCUGUUGAACCUGUUGAUAUUCAGUUUGUUACCAUAUAUUUAUAUCCUGGCUGGCACACUGUGUAAAACAUGAUAUGGAAUACUGCUCUUUCAUGAGUGUGACUCAUGAAUUAGCUUGAGUUUGUGAUAAUAGCUACUUGCCAAUUUCUCUACUGUUAUUGAAUGAUGCAAGGGAUAAUAAAAUUAAAGGUCUCACAUUUGGCUGGAUUUUUCACCAUCCGAAUGUUCCAAAUGAGGAAGAGACUAUAGGGGAGGAUAUAGAAAUAUUUGCAAAGCACAUUUCAAAAUACAAAUGACCACAUUUUCAGUGAUUUGGCUAAAAUACCUUGUGACCUGAUUUACUGUCACAGAUGUUGCUCUGAGUGUGCAGUAUGUCUGAUGAGGAUUUUACUGUCACUUAUUUAAUGUGCCCCUCCCCCACUUUCUUUCUCUCUCUCUCUUUUUGUAUCAAAUACACACAUCCCUUUAGGUUGUUGUGUUUAAUCUAGUCGAUAUGUGUAAUGCAUAAGCUAAAUUAAUAUCUCAGGUUUUUUGAUACUCUUUAAUGUUUGGCAACAGUCUUCAGUUUCUUUUUGGGUUGAAUGUAGUAAGGCUGCUUGGCUGAAUUUAUUUAAUUUGGUACAGGCUGUAAAAAGCUAAUUUGACUAAAAGUUACUUUUUAUGGCAAUGAGUGGAUUUGUUAUUUUGUGGCACCUCAAGGUUGUGUCCAUUAUUAACAUUCCUCUCAAAAACUGUUCUUGCUGUACACUGAGGACAUUUGGGUUUAAGAUCAAAAGAUCAACAAAAGAAUUCAGAAUUUAAUCUUUUAUUCACUGGUAUUUACACCUAGAUGUUUGAACAAAAUAGGACAAAUCUUUUUGUUGGAACCCACCUAUUUGUCAGAAUAGAUGGAGAACACAAAGUACAAAAAAAAGAAAGAAACUACAUCAAACAUUGAACAGGUUGGCCAUGGGCAACAACAGUUGUUAAGGACAGAAAAAUUGUGAGAGCUAUGAUGAAGACCCCAUAACAACAGUCAGUGACCACAACCUACCUCCACAGGGCAGGGCUGGAGGCAUCACAAUCGAAAACCCAGAAGUAACCAUGUUUG